AUGAUCAAACAAGCUAUUUUUUUGAGGAAUGUUGAAUUGAAUUCAGCUACAGGUUCGAAAGUCCUUAGGCACAAGCUGUCUUUUACUAACCCCGGUUAUGCUACUUCCACCUUAGAUGUGAGACAGGGAACAAGGAGAAAAGGAACUAGUUGCGGUACCAUCUCUAAACAGACGUUCUGUAGUACCAGGCAAAGCGAGUCUGACUGCAGGGGUGUCUCGCCUUUUGUUGUGGGAACUGUAAGACUCUGUGUAAAGAGCUUCGUAUUCAUGCCUGUAACGCUGGCGGUUUUGAACAUGGGAUCCAUCUCCAGAAUGCGACGAAUGAUUGCUUUGUGCGUUUUCGUGUCUAUGGGGAAGCGUUGA